ACUCACUGGGGAAAUGGAAGUCCACUGCGCGCACUGGCACCGGCAGAAACGGGGACAUUUCUUUCUCUCGCUCUCUCUUUCUCUCUCUCUGUGCGUCCAGUCGAGUCUCUUAACUCUUUCUCGCUUCUCGGCACGCGUGGACCUUGAACUCCCCGGCCAUCAACCAUUUGCGUGUGUGUGGUAACGUGGUUGGGGUCACGUCACACUCAACUGCUCAGUCCAAUCUCUCUCUCUCUCUCUCUCUCAUCCAAAGUGGACAGCAAAACCCAAAAAAACGCAACGUCGACGAAAAACAUCAACACUUCAGAUCAGACGUCUACCCUCUGCGCGCACAUCUCACUUCUCAUCCGCGCGCGGGAAGAAUCACUUGCUACACCAUGAGGCUUCGCAAUGGAAAAGACGAUGGUGUCCCCCCCAGCAGCUAGUCCCUCCACGAUAUCCCCAGCCAGCAGCUCUCACCUCGGCAAGCGUCGUGACCACAGCGAAGACGCCCAAGACUCUUCCGGCAACGGCAACGGCAACGGCGGUGGUAACUACAAUGGAGGAGGAACCUCAGCCGGCCGCAAAUCCUCCUCAUCCGGCGGCUCCCGCCCCAAAAGAGCCCAAGUCUCCCGCGCCUGCGCCCGCUGCAAAAACCUCCGCCGCGCAUGCAACGAAUACCGCCCCUGCAAACGCUGCGUCGACGCCGGCCUAGGUGACCAGUGCCUCGGCCUGCCCGGCCCCGUCUCCCUCGCCUGGGUAUCAGACGGCUCCCAGGCUUUCGGCCACGUGCCCCACGAAGCCGUGCAGCGCAUGGCGGACCUCUUACCGGCGCGCGUGAUGGACUACUGCGUGGACCGCUUCUUCGCGCGGCUGCAUCCCACGAUCCCGAUCCUGACGCCCGAGUACGUCGCGCAGAUGAAGGUCGUCGCGGGGCCGAGCGAGGUCGGGAUGGAGGCGCAUUGUCUCCUGACGGCGGUGUGCGCGCUUGUGCUGCUCCAGGUGGAGGAGCCGGAGAGUUUGUGGCUGCAGGGGUUGAUUCCGGAGAAGAAUGCGCUGCAUGGGAGGAUGUUGUUUGAGGAGGCGCUCGCUGCGCAUCGGAAUUUCGCGAGGCGGUCGAAUCCGACGUUUGAGCAGUGUUUGCUUACGUUUUUCCUGUAUGCGUGUCACUCUGCGCUGUUUCACCAUAGUCAGGCGUUCUUGUUCCUGCGAGAGGCAACGACGUUGUUCUUGCUGUUGAGGAUGAAUACGCCCGAGGCGUCGGCGAGUCCGAGGGCCGUGGUGUUGGCGGAUAGGUUGUUCUGGGUGUUAUUGGUCUCGGAGCGGUCGCACGGGAUCCGGUACCGAAGGCCCGUGACGCUGCAGAUUACGGCGGAGUCGCCUACCCUGGGCGCCGACGACCCGAGCCUCUCCGGGUUCUGGAGUCUUGCGGCGCUGUUUAGUCCGCUGGACACGUCGUUUAUCGCGCUGCUGAACAUGGAAAAGGUGGCGACGCCGCCGUCGAACGCGGCGUUGACGUAUAUCGAGACGGCGGUGAAUGGCGCGCUGCGGUCGACUUCGGACUUGAAGGAUACGCAAAAGGCGAACUUGCGGGUGACGCAGCUGUGGUUGCGGAUUAUCCUCUGGCAGCUGCGUUUGCGGUUCGGGUAUCUUGCCGAGGAGUCUGUUCACUCGCCGAGUAUGACGUAUCACUACCCGCUCGAGGUGGCCAAGGACUUGGUGCUGUCGACGCGGGAUUUGCCGGUGGAUAGUAUCAAGGUGCACGGGGUGGGGUUGACGGAGAAGUUGUUUGACAUCGCGAGCGCGGCGGUGGACGUGCUUGCGCGGGUGCCGAUUACGAAACCGUCGAGCCCGAGGGGCCGGAUGGGCGGGACGGGGUCGGGGCCGGAGGAUGAUUUGGAGUAUAUGAGGAGGUUGAUUACGCGGUUGCCGGGGGGCAAUUCGAUCUAUGAUGAUUUGUUGGAGAAGCAUAUUCAGCAGGCUGUGCCGAGUAUGGCGAUUGCCGGGACGUUGGGGCGUCGGCCGACGUGAGAUAAUUUUUGAUACCAUGGACAUACGAGGUGGGAUUUGCGUGAAAAGGAAAGAGAGUCGAGUGUAAACUACAUAGGGGAGAGAGGUCAAGG